CAGCUGAUCUCAUUCAUUGCAUAUGUAAUAAUCCAUCUGUCUCUCUCACAAAUUGUCUACAUUCUGAAAUCCAUGGCCUCACUAACCCAACAUUCAAUAGGAGCUUAUUGCCUCAGAUCAAAGAAAAGCUCCAUCAACAUCAACACAACUACUGCUACCGCAACACUCGAUGCGAAAAGUCAUAAGGCCAGUACUACUACUUUUCAGUUACCAUUGACCAUCGAAAAGAUGGCUUCGAUUACGAUUUCAAAUGUUAAUGGAAAAAAACGCAAAGAUGAACAAUGGAGAGUGUUCGGAAGUGAUGAUGAUGGAUCGUGUGGGAUAGCGCCUAUCCCAGCACCUCCUUCUGUGGCGGAGUUGGCUAAAGAUUUCUACAAUGCCAUCAAUUCCAAGGACAUAAGCAAAUUGGAUCCACUUCUAGCAGAUAACUGCCAGUAUCAGGAUCUUGUGUUUUACGUUCCCUUUGAAGGAAAAAAACAGGGUGUUAUCCCCUUCUUUGCCAAGAUGAUGGAGGCAAUGGGACCCAAUAUUGUUUUCGUCAUUGAUAAUGUCACGGAAGGCGCAAAAUUGACUGCCAGUGUAAUUUGGCAUCUAGAGUGGAAACAUAAAGUUAUACCCUUCGCCACGGGCUGCACAUUCUUCGAAUACGAAGAAUAUAAUGAUGGACGUCUCUUGCUUAGGAAAGCAACCGGCAUGGCAGAAAUCCCAUUCAAACCUGGUGAUUUCGUAUUGAAAGUUUUAAAGUCAGCCAGUACCUUCUUCGAUCUCUACCCAAUGGCAGCAGAUGCUUUAUUGAAAUCUCAUGAGGAUGAACCACACGAAGGAUUAUCUUCGUUACUAGAUAAGCUUUUCGGCAAGCGCUGAACUGAAGUACAUGCAACUAAAAAGUGAAAUUCAAAGAGUACUGGCAAACUUGUAGUCAGAGAUAUGGGCCAAAACAUCUUUAUAUGGUUCUAUUAUAUAAUUCUAUUUAUGUUACCAUUUGAAUAAGGGUGUGGCUAUUGUCACCCUACUAA